AUGUUUUUACCAGCCUCAGGAAUGGGUUAUUGGUAUAGAACACAAGAUGAUGAUGAAUUAGAUGUUUUUGUACAAAUAACGGCAUCGGAUGAAGCUGUCUGGGUAUUAAAUAAUUUUGGAAUGGUUGCUGCAAGAGUUGGGCUUAGAAGGUGUCCGAUGGGUGUUGAUUGGGCAUACUUGGACAAUCAACCAAAAAAAUUUGUCUCAAUUUCAAUUUAUAAAAGGAUAGGAUUUGGACUGGAUAAUCAAGGCGUUAUUUGGUUAAUUAAUGGUGUGGGACUUGAAAGUCCUUUUGGUGUUGAUAAUUGGUUAAUUCAAUACCAAAAAUGUCACCAAUUAAUGAAUGGCGAUUAAGUGUUGGAUCAAUUGGGAUUUUUGUUAAUGUUGGAACUGCUUUGGUUUAUUUGCCUGAACCUUUUAUUG